CAAAGACAACGAUAGGGGAAAAGUUAACGCAAUUAAAAACAGCAAAUAAAUCGGGCAGAGCAGCAAAGCAAACAAAACAAAUUGCAGAUAAUCGCGAAAACAUUGAGAGUAAACGUGAGUCAUUGGCCAGGGUAAAAGGAGCUUUCGCGACAGUAUGGCGGAACCCGUAAAAGAAGCCGCACCGCCAAGCUACGAAGAGGUCAUGAAUGCAACAGCGCAGGAUGCACGCCUCAUUGCGGGCGUACAUCAUGGAGGGCCAACGGCACCGCCCCCCAAUAUGCAUAUGCCCAUGUACGGGGCAUUCGAGACGACACCCGUGAGUGUGGUCAUUCAGCCGCCGGUGGCCUUGCCCACGGAGAUCAUUGUGAUUGGCGGCUGUCCGUCCUGUCGCAUUGGCUACCUGGAGGACACCUUCUCGCCGCUUGGACUGUGCUGCGCCAUCUUCUUCUUUCCCGUGGGCAUACUCUGCUGCCUGGCGAUGAAGGAGAAGCGCUGCACCAACUGUGGGGCAGUGUUCUAAAAAGCCCCCUCACACCCCAUUCACUACCAUUCGCAUCUGCAAUAUGAUUAUGGCAUUUAAAGUGCAAUCACAAGACAAUGAUGGAUUUGCUUGUUUUAAUACCCUAAGCAUAUGGCAAUGACCUAUGACCUAUAUAUAUUCCUUAAACACACACACACACACACACAUUGGGACGAUCGACUGUAACUAUUUUUUGAUAUCACAAAACAAAACUCUUCCCGUACGUUUUAUUAUUGUUAAACAUUAGACUAGAAAAAUCAUUAAAUUUGUAUGUAAAUAA